AUGGCCAAUAACACCUCCACACCUGCGCGGGGAGGGUUGUCGCUGUAUGCCAACCUCCUCGACCCGAAAGUUGCUGCGCCUGGCACCAUCUCCAGUGCUCCUGUCUCGUACAAGUCCGGCGAAGGCUCGCCCGAACAAGAUGAAGCUGUCAAGAAACAGCAAGCACUUGCUGCCUCUCUGAGAUUCCAACCUACCAAGAGACCCCAAGUCGCGGCCCAAAAAGCAAAAGCCAAAGCCAUCGCCAGCAAAUUCUCCCUUCCCUCAACUGCCACCACACCGACUCCUGCUGCCGAGGCCACUGGGCCUGGCGCUACGGAUCAGCUCUCUUCCCAGCCUGCUGCACCCAGAACCACCAUCGCCGACUGGACCGCGACUGCUUCCGACGACGAGGACGUCAGCAAUUUGUACACGGAGAAGCGUCCACGGGGGGGUCGCAAGAAGCGCAAGAAGAACAAGGAAGCAGCUCCGGUGACGCAGAACUGGAACGACAUCUACGAUCCCAGUCGGCCAAACAACUAUGAAGAGUACAAGCACAGUGAGGAGAAAAUUCGCGAGGUGAGGGAAUGGAAAGAUCUGCUGUAUAGGCAUCGUACGAAACGGAGGGGUUACAGCGAGUCUGAAGACGACGAAUACAGGCGUCCCAUGAACAAACAAUUUGCACCGCCUCCCAUGGCGUUUGCGCCGCCGCCCAACCUGAACGAUGAGAGUCCUCCUCCACCGCCUCCUCCUGCUGAUAUCCCAGAUGACCCGACUGGAGAGGAUGCAUACUUGCGUCGACUGCGGCUGACACAAGGCCAGGCCCCGCCAGCAGGGCAAAUAUCACGUGCACCAGUACGGUAUAAUGUGCCUUCUGCGCCGGAAGCGAUGCCGGAAACCGAGGAAAACUUGGAGGACAUGCCUGCAGAGCCGGAAGCGCUCGACAGUGAGGAUCCUGAUCAGCCACGGUCCAAGCGUCCUGGCCAAGUAGGGUUUGCAGAACGUCUCAUGGCCAAGUAUGGCUGGAGCAAGGGUCAAGGUCUCGGGGCCCAGGGCACCGGCAUCAUCAACCCGCUUUAUGCCAAAGCCGAUAAACGCAAGAAGCGGGCCGACGCUGAAGGCGGAGGGUAUGCUACGCCUGCAGGGACCGGCAGGAUCCUCGGCGGCCAGAGAUCGAGGACUGCUGAAGCGGAGGAAGAAGGGAAGUUUGGAGCCAUGUCCGAAGUCAUCCGACUUGAAGGCAUGCUGACUGGCUUGGAUCUGGACGACGAGCUGGCGCAGGGUGAAGGAGGAAUCAUGCAAGAAAUUGGCGAGGAAUGCGGUGACAAGUAUGGCAGUGUGGAGCGAGUUUACAUUCAUCGACCAGGCAGUGAGGAGGAGGAAGCCUUGGUGUUCGUGCAUUUCGUGAGCCAACUGAGUGCUCUUCGGGCAGUCAAUGCACUGGAAGGGAGGAUCUUCAAUGGCAAUCCCAUAAGGGCCAAGUUCUGGCCGAAGGAGCAGUUCGAUAGAGAUCAGUACUUCUGA